AGUUUCGAAGAGUCCUGCAACGAGAGCAGUAGAUACAAUCUGUCGUCAAAAACUAUUCUACGCUGUGUCUGAGUCUGGAGUUGUUUUGUGUGUAUAACUAACGGUAUAGGUCUUUUUUCAGAGGGCAGAACUAGGAGAAGUCACACUAUGAGAAAUAAUUACAACGCGCUUUUACUGGCAUCGUUUCUAACAUGGUCGGGAAUGUUGUGCAGCACAGUGUUAGGCACCACAGAAGGCCAAGAAACACCCCUCGCACUCCCUGUGUCGGAGCAGACCCAGCCCACCACAGCAAUUCAAGGAGAAGUGUGGGAGGAGGACGAUCACGAAGUGUUAAUAAGAAACGAACGUGGCACCAAGAGCGACGGUUUGUCGUGCCGAUAUGGCAAGAAUCCGUGGACUGAGUGCGAUACAAAAACCAAUACACGUUCCAGAACCUUGACAUUAAAAAAGGGCGAUCCACAAUGCGACCAAACGCGAACCAUUCAGAAAAAAUGUAAAAAAGCAUGUCGGUAUGAAAAGGGAUCCUGGUCAGAAUGCGCAACUGGGCAAAUGACUAGAGCUGACAAAUUGAAAGCUAGCAGUGAUCCGUCCUGCGAAGCAACGCGUGUCAUUAAGAAGAACUGCAAGCCCGGAAAGUCUAAGGACAAGAGUGCCAAGGAGCAGCGUAAGAAUAAAGAUAAAGCUGCUCGCAAAGGACGCGCUUAAGUAUUAAUUUCAUACUCGAUAAUUUUAAAUGCCCCGUGUUGGUUUGCAUCACUCCGAUGCAAAAUAGCUUAUGUUGAAUAAUUUUUUUAAUAAAUCGAUAUCAAAAAAAUCAUAAUGACAUUAAUUGUCUGCUAUUUAUACCCGAAAAGCAUUUUAAUUAAAUGCACAAAUUGAUUAAUGUUGUUGUUUGGUUUUCAAGCAAACGAUAAACUUAAUAUACAAGACAGUACGUUUAACUGUAAGACGUAAUAGCAACUUUGCGGAAUUUUAAAAUAUUUAUGCAAUGCAGAAUAAAAUAUAUUCAUACAAUACCACACCUACAUAAAUAAAAAAGUAUUUAGUUUUAUCCAAAAAGAAAAUCAUAUGUACAUCCAAGCCAACAUCUACCAUUCUCUGAAAUGAUGCAAACUGGAAAGGCACUUGCCUUAUCGAAAUAAAGGAAAAUUAUUAAAUGCAGCCUCUUAAAUUAUGUGACUGUUUACACCACUUCCAUAAAUUUAGCCGAGUUGUUCUUUAAUUGAAUGAAAAUAAUAGUCACCGUAAAUUUAAAAUGAAAACCAAACAAUUAAUCUGAUUAUUGAUGUAAAAAUUCGGCAAAUAUCAGCUUCUGUGUCUAAUCUCAAAAAAAAACAGAACGGUAUUCCGAAAAAGCAGAAAAUAAAUUUUAAAUUCAUAGAGACGGUAAAAAGUUUGUCAUUCCGGAUAAUAUAUUAAUAAAACACUUAGUGUAAAUAUUGUAAAAAAAACGUACUAUAGAAAGAAAAAAACUGAAAGAUAAAGAAACAAACAUGACGGGUCUAGAUCACGGAUCCGUCGUAGUUGCAUCGUAGGCGAUUGGCAUUUUAAAGUAGUUUCUAACUCACUUUCAUUGGGUACAAUUAAAAUAUAAAUUUGGAAAUACCAUUCCCAAAAUUAUUAUACAAGUCGAAAUGCAGGCAUACUUACAUACUUAUAUUCAUACAUAUUCUGAUCAAAAAUUAUACCAUUUUAAAUACAUGGUUUAUCGUUUAAAUAAACAGGUAUUUAACAGAGAA